UCUAAAAGUUGGUUUUAAUUGGUUGCCCACAGGAUUGACUUGGCCUCUACUUCUUGCUAAGAAAAUACAUCUCUUGUUUUAUCAGGUGUGUGUGGUUUCAGUGCAGCAUGGCUGUGGUCAUCCGUUUUCAAGGUCUCCCAAUUGUGGCGGGGACCAUGGACAUUCGCCACUUCUUCUCCGGAUUGACCAUCCCUGAUGGGGGCGUGCAUAUUGUAGGGGGUGAACAGGGUGAGGCUUUCAUUGUUUUUGCCACUGAUGAAGAUGCAAGGCUUGGUAUGAUGCACACAGGUGGUACAAUUAAAGGGUCAAAAGUAACACUAUUUAGUAAAACGGAAAUGCAGAAUAUGAUUGAACUGAGUCGUAGGCGUUUUGAAACUGCCAACUUAGAUAUACCACCAGCAAAUGCUAGUAGAUCAGGACCGCCACGUAGCUCAGGAAUGAGUGGCAGGGUAAACUUGCCUACAAUGGUACCCAACUUUAAUAAUCCUUCACCCAGUGUAGUUACUGCCACCACUUCUGUUCAUGAAAGCAACAAAAACAUGCAGACAUUUUCCACAGCCAGCAUAGGAACAGCUCCUCCAAAUAUGGGGCCUUCCUUUGGGAGCCCAACCUAUAACACGACUGUUCCAAGCACAGCCUCUCCAAUGAACACAGUCCCACCGCCACCAAUUCCUCCAAUCCCAGUGAGGCCAUCUUUACCACCGAUGCCGUCCAUUCCCCCAAUACCAGUUCCUCCUCCAGUACUUACAUUGCCUCCUGUGCCCCCAAUUCCUCCAGUCCCUUCUGUGCCACCCAUGACCCCACUGCCACCCAUGUCGCGCAUGCCGCCCUUGAAUCCACCACCUGUGGCACCUCUGCCUGCUGGAAUGAAUGGCUCUGGAGCACCUAUGAAUCUGAACAAUAACCUGAACCCUAUAUUUCUGGGUCUACUGAAUCCUGUUAACCCUAUUCAGAUGAACUCUCAAAACAGUGUGAAGCCACUUCCCAUCAACCCUGAUGAUCUCUAUGUCAGUGUGCAUGGAAUGCCCUUUUCUGCAAUGGAAAAUGAUGUCAGAGAUUUUUUCCAUGGGCUCCGUAUUGAUGCAGUGCAUUUGUUGAAAGAUCAUGUAGCUUGAAAUAAUGGGAAUGGAUUGGUUAAGUUUCUCUCCCCUCAAGAUACAUUUGAAGCUUUGAAAUGAAACAGAAUGCUGAUGAUUCAACGCUAUGUGGAAGUUAGCCCUGCCACAGAAAGACAGUGGGUAGCUGCUGGAGGCCAUAUCACUUUUAAGCAAAAUAUAGGACCUUCUGGACAAACGCAUCCCCCUCCUCAGACACUUCCCAGGUCAAAAUCGCCCAGUGGGCAGAAAAGGUCAAGGUCAAGAUCACCACAUGAGGCUGGGUUUUGUGUUUACUUGAAAGGGCUGCCAUUUGAAGCAGAAAACAAACAUGUCAUUGAUUUUUUUAAAAAGUUGGAUAUUGUGGAAGAUAGUAUUUAUAUAGCUUAUGGACCCAAUGGGAAAGCAACUGGUGAAGGCUUUGUAGAGUUCAGGAAUGAGGCUGACUAUAAGACUGCUCUGUGUCGUCAUAAACAAUACAUGGGCAAUCGCUUUAUUCAAGUUCAUCCAAUUACUAAGAAAGGUAUGCUAGAAAAGAUAGAUAUGAUUUGAAAAAGACUGCAGAACUUCAGCUAUGACCAGAGAGAAAUGGUAUUAAAUACAGAAGGGGAUAUCAACUCUGCCAAAGUCUGUGCCCACAUUAUAAAUAUUCCAUUCAGCAUUACCAAGGUGGAUGUUCUUCAGUUCCUAGAAGGAAUUCCAGUGGAUGAAAAUGCUGUGCAUGUUCUUGUUGAUAACAAUGGGCAAGGUCUAGGACAGGCAUUUGUUCAGUUUAAAAAUGAAGAUGAUGCACGUAAGUCUGAAUGCUUACACCGUAAAAAACUUAAUGGGAGAGAAGCUUUUGUUCAUGUAGUGACCCUAGAAGAUAUGAGAGAGAUUGAGAAAAAUCCCUGUGCCCAAGGAAAAAAGGGAUUAAAGAUGCCUGUGCUAGGUAAUCCUGCAGUACCAGGAAUGCCCGUGGUGGGAAUGCCCAGUGCUGGAAUGCCUGGUGCCGGAAUGCCCGGUCCUGGAAUGCCUGGUGCGGGACUGCCAGGUGUGGGAAUGCCCGGUGCAGGAAUGCCCAGUGCAGGAAUGCCUGGUGCAGGAAUGCCCAGUGCAGAAGGUGAAGAGCAUGCCUUCCUGACUGUAGGGUCAAAAGAGGCCAACAAUGGGCCUCCAUUUAACUUUCCUGGUAAUUUUGGUGGGUCAAAUGACUUUGGGCCACCACUCCCUCCUCCAAAAUUAGGAGGGGCCUUUGGCGAUGCUAGGCCCGGUAUGCCAUCAGUUGGAAACAGUGCUUUGCCUGGUCUAGGACUGGAUGUUCCAGGUUUUGGAGGUGGACCAAAUAAUUUAAGUGGGCCAGCAGGAUUUGGAGGGGGCCCUCAGAAUUUUGGAAAUGGCCCUGGUAGUUUAGGUGGUCCCCCUGGUUUUGGAACUGGCCCUCCUGGUCUUGGAAGUGCCCCGGGGCAUUUGAAUGGGCCGCCGGCUUUUGGGCCUGGGCCUGGCCCUGGCCCAAUCCAUAUUGGUGGUCCCCCUGGCUUUGGAUCUAGUUCUGGAAAACCAGGUCCAACAGUAAUUAAAGUGCAGAACAUGCCCUUUACUGUGUCUAUUGAUGAGAUUUUAGAUUUCUUUUAUGGCUAUCAAGUAAUCCCAGGCUCAGUGUGUUUAAAAUACAAUGAAAAAGGUAUGUCCACAGGUGAAGCCAUGGUGGCCUUCGAGUCUCAGGAUGAAGCUACAGCAGCUGUCAUUGAUUUAAAUGACAAGCCUAUAGGCUCAAGAAAAGUAAAACUUGUAUUAGGGUAGCCAUUCACAUCAAUUCUUUAUAGGAUAGAUCUUCAUAUUGCUGUGAUUAAUGCAUCCAGAUUGUUUUCCUAGUAUUUCCAGGUUAGAACCUGUGGAUUGUUUCAGUUGCAUAUAGAUUGACUG